AUAGGAUUCAUGUUGGCCCAUCAUGGCGAUUUUUAAUGUCCUCUCGAGUAUAAAAGGAGCUGAAUUUUUGCGGAGCCGAAAGAAGGAAAAAGACGCCGACGCCAUGUUGAAGGCCUCCGUUUUCUUUGUGCUCUGCGUGGCGGUGCUCACUCUCGGUGAACCUUCAUCCCAAAAAACCAACGUGCACUCACGUUACGCUCGGGAUAGCCCCAUGGGUAAUCCCAUGGGUAAUCCCAUGGAAAUGGCUGCAGGACAAGGAGGUAAUUAUAAGGAGAUAGCUGCGCAGAUUCCCAAUGCUGGAAUAGAAAUGGCAAAGCAAUUCGUAGGACAAAUGGAACAUGGAAUGGGAAAGAGCGGAUCGAUGCUUAACAAGUGAAGUUCAAUUAAUCAGGAAUGGAAUCCAAGGACCUGGAUGACGACGAAGUAAUUGCUUUGAUUUUGCCAUUUAAUAAUAUUCAGCAACAUUUACCUCCCAGAUUGCACGAGCCCUUCUGAAAAGCAUGGGAAAGAGAACGAGGAAGAGGAUUUCAAAGCCCUUUCAGGGAAUCCCGGGAAGAAAUCACUUUAUGAAAAAUUCUUCCUUAUCAAGAGCGAUUCCCUCCUACCAAUCGCACCGAAGCCUGAUACGUGGAAAUCGGAACAAACGUGUCAAUUGAAUAUAUUUAAAUAAAUGUCGCACCGCACAGGAAAA